AUGGUUGCUGCAGAUCCUUACAUAUCAUCCAACUUCCCUAAUGAAGGAGGAGGAGGAGGUGGUGGUGGUGUCAAUUCAAGCGAUCUCGACCUGAAUCUCUGUCAAUUCCCAUACUAUCCAGCAUUCCAGGAGAAACGCGGGCCAGAUUACACCUUAGACGAGCCAAGAACUCAGAAGAGGCUGAAGCAGCAAGCUGAUGAUGGUGGAUCCCCAACCGAGACCAACUCUGGCGGGUUCUAUGAGGCUAACAGCAGCAGCAACAGCAACAGUAGCUUCAACAGCUUGCCAAAGCUCCAGUUUCGAGACUACGUAUGGGCGUAUGCAGAGAGGUUCCUGGCGAUCGAGGCCAUGGAGGAAGCUGAUGCAGUGACACUAGCUGUGGAAGAAGAAGAGAGAGUUGAGGUUAAAGAAGAGACAGGUGUUGACGGGAUGAAGCUCGUCCAGCAGCUGAUCGCCUGUGCGGAAGCCGUCGCAUGUCGUGACAAAGCUCACGCGUCGGCGCUGCUCUCCGAGCUGCGAGCCAACGCGCUUGUGUUCGGGACCUCGUUUCAGCGCGUAGCGUCCUGUUUCGUCCAGGGGCUGUCCGACCGCCUAACGCUGGUCCAGCCCCUGGGGACCCAUGGGGUCCUAAGUUCUGCACCUGCCAGGGACUUUAGCUCGUCAUUUUCGGCCGAAAAGGACGAGGCUUUGACCCUGGCCUACGAGCUUUGCCCGCAAAUCCAGUUUGGACAUUUCGUGGCAAAUGCAUCGAUCCUCGAAGCCCUUGAGGGAGAGAGUUCAAUUCACGUUGUGGACCUUGGGAUGACACUAGGCCUCCCUUGCGGCCAGCAAUGGCAGAAUCUGAUGCACAGCAUUGCUGGACGCAUCAGAAAGUCCUCCGCCGCCCCACGUCUGCGAAUCACGGGCGUGGGGCCUGAAUCCGAUCGUCUGCAGGCGAUCGGACUCGAGCUCAGUUGCUAUGCUGCCAACCUGGGGCUGAAUUUCGAGUUCAUGUACAUCAGGAGCAGUUUAGAGAGUCUGAAGCCGGAAGAUUUCGACGUCCAGGAAGGUGAAGCCGUGGUGAUCAACAGCGUCCUCCAGAUGCACUGCGUCGUGAAGGAGAGCCGUGGCGCUCUGAACUCGGUCCUUCAGGUCCUGAACGAGCUGUCGCCCAAGGCGUUCAUCCUGGUCGAGCAGGACUCGAAUCACAACGGUCCCUUCUUCCUGGGGAGGUUCAUGGAAUCACUGCAUUACUACUCGGCCAUCUUCGAUUCGCUCGACUCGAUGCUGCCCAAGUACGACACCAGGAGGGCGAAGAUCGAGCAGUUUUACUUCGCGGAUGAGAUCAAGAACAUUGUGAGCUGCGAGGGGCCGGCUAGAGUCGAGAGGCACGAGAGGUCGGAUCAGUGGCGCAGAAGGAUGAGCCGGGCCGGGUUCCAGGCUUCGCCGUUGAAGAUGUUGGCUCAGGCUAAGCAGUGGCUUGGCAAGGCCAAGUUCUGUGACGGGUAUACUGCGACCGAGGAGAAAGGUUGCUUGGUUCUUGGUUGGCAAUCUAGGCCCAUCAUUGCAGCUUCUUGCUGGAGGUGUUCCAAGAUUUAA